GAUUCACUACGCACGUUUGCGCCGCGCAUGCGCCUUGCAAGCGCGCUUUUGGCGCCAAUUUUUUAUCUGCAAUCACUUUUUUUUUCAAAAUUCAAAUGUCAAUUUUUAUUGUUGAAUAAAUUCAUGCUAAUUUUUAGUGUCUUAUAAAUGUUACCUACUUAAAUUAGUAAAAAAAAAAUACCUUUUGUUAAAAAUGUUGGAAUAAGUAACAUAGAAUUUUGGAAAGUGAUAAUAAAAAAUGGUUUUGCCUGCUGUGAUGGAAUUCCCUGUGAUAAAAAUAAGUUGUGUUUUUAAUAGCAUCAGCGGAAAGUGUAGAAAUGUUACCUUCAAAAAUCUGUAUGCGGGUUUAGCCAUAUAUUUUAUUUUAGUGCCAUCCGUGCUCAGUCAAUCAGUCUGGCCGAAGCAACUGACCUACGAGCACAUAUACAAUAACACACGCUAUGCCCAGAUCCGCCACACGCCUCGACCCUUCUCUCUAAACCCCAGAAACACGCAUAGUCAAAAAACCAAAGGAACCGACUUAGGAUAUAAUUACGUUAGAACUAAGAAUUUGCUUGUCGGCUUCGCCCAUGACCCCUUCAGGUAUUCCGUGCCGGAGGCUGAUUAUGCAAAAGGUGUCAGAGUAAUAGAUCCCAACCAAUACAUGAACAAAACAGACCGCGGCAAACGAGGUGUACAACAUCUCUACAACAUGCUAACAUGUGCUACCGGCUGCAAUCCCAUCUCCUACAAAGGUUAUGGGUGUUAUUGUGGGAUCGGGGGUUCCGGACGACCCACUGAUGGGAUUGAUAACUGUUGCCGUCUCCACGACGAAUGCUACGAGCACAUACACUGCCCCUUCUACACAGUUUACUUCCAGCCUUACUACUGGACCUGCUAUGACGGUGAACCACUUUGUGCUCUGGAGAACUACUCCCACCGUCAUCAGGUCAUCAAUAGCUGUGCUGGGAGGCUCUGUGAAUGUGAUAGACGAUUUGCUAUGUGUGUCCGGGAAUACACUUGUCCUAUAGGCAGGCCCUUAUGUAGGUCCUCCCCAUUUAGGCUGCUACAGAAUAUCUUGAUUGUCCCGUUAUUUUGACGUUAAAUUCGAAGUAAAUUUGCUUUUUUUGUGCUUGGCAUUUUCGGGUUUUUUGGUGGAAAAGUGUUAAAAUAAAAAUAAAAAAUGUUAAAACCAAUAAAAUACUUGUGAUUUUCAACUGAAAAUCUACUUCAAUUUGAUUUUAUAAUAAUUUGAACUAGACGUUUGGCAAUCUUUUCCGAAAAGUGACAAAAAAGUAAAAAAUAAAUAUUUUUAAGAUUAUUUUUUGAUAGCUAUAGUAAAAUGCUUGUUAUCUUCGAUUGAAAUAAUUGGAUAAAGAUCAACUAAUUAUAGGCCAUGCUCUUGUCUCUAUAGCAGCUGUAUAAAUUUUCUAUAACUGUAUAGAAUAUAGAUAAAUAAUAACGUUUAUAAUGUGGUUGUAAAUUAAAUAUCUAAAUAAUACUGUAUGAGUCUAGUCUUAAUAAAUAAAUAUGCCUAGUUUUGUGUGAAAUGUGAAAAACUUUUUAUUAAUUGGGCAACAUUGAACCAAGGCACUACUUUUAAGUUUAAUGUUUUUUAUUAACUAUUAGGAUCUAAUACAUUUUAAAUGUGUAAAUAUUUAAUAAUGUUUUUGUACUAACAACAAUAUGUAAUUGUAAAGUUUUAUUAGAUAAGCGGGUAAUAAUAUACAUACUUACGUACUAAAUUUAGGUUUUUAAAAUGUGUGAUGUUACCUACCUAUAACAAGCAUCUUAUUCUAAUUUUGUUUUGUAAUUUGUGUAAAUACGAUAAAUUUAUGUAACUAUUUAUUUUCACAAUAAAACGA